UACAUCAUACUUUGGGGAAAAAAGUGAGAAAAAAACAUGCCUUAUAUGUAUCUCUUUCCAAUGCUAAAUAAAUACAUUGAGCACACACACAAAAAAAUAAAAAUUUGGAGGGCGGGGUGCGCAACUUCGCGGUUUUUUACUUAUCGCGGCGGGUUCUGGUCCCCAUUAACCGCGAAAAACCAGGGAUCACUGUACACUGGUCAUUGUGAGUCAUCCAAAGUCUUUCCAAACAGCUAUUCAAGUCAUCUGGUGAAAAUUUCUUUAAGAAAAAAAAAUAUAUACGGUGGUACCUCUACAUACGAAGUUAAUCCGUUCCAGGACCUUGUUUGUAAGUCGAAAUGGUCGUAUGUCGAGCAGGAUUUUCCCAUAGGAAUACAUUAUAAUUCCAUUAAUUCGUUCCACAGCCCAAAAACCUUCACUAAAUCCUUAAAAAAUACUGCUGGUACUAUUACAAAUGGCAAUUACACAUAGCAAAACAAAUAAAUUAUAAAUCAAAAUCGGAAUAAUAAUAAUAAUAAUAAUUCCUGUAUUAAUGUAACGAAUCGGGUUCUAAUGUGGCGGACGUUUUUUGCUGACCCUGAACGCACCGCGGGGCUGACGUGCCAGAGACAGACCGGUGAGCUUGAGUUUCACUUUCACUUUGAAUGUUUUCUUGAGAACACCGUCAAUUGCGGCAGACAGAAGGUGUUUUUGUUUUGAAUAAGUUGUGAAAUAAAUGAUAAAAACGUGGCGAAGUUGGCGAUUUCUCUGGAGAUGUUACCACAAUAAGAAUUGUCAGCUUAACUUAUAAAGACUGGCGAACGAUGGUCGGAGGAGGACCGUGGAGAUGUAUUGUUGAGCCAUUUCACGGAUGCCCACCCUACGCUCAUAUUUUUCUGUCAUUUGCAUCUUCAUUUAGAAGGUAAGCGUCAACUUUUUCCUUUUUUCACCACCUGUACCAACCUUUUCUGAAACCAGUGUUGAUUUGUCACACAAGAAAAUCCGCCGUGCAUUCGUCUGCGGUGCUGCCAUUGUCGUCGUAUUUCGAGCAUGUCGUCGGAUGUAGAAACAAAUGGCGAGUCAAAUUUUACGUCGGAUGUCGAAAAGUUCGUGUGUCGAAGCGAUCGUAUGUAGAGGUACCACUGUAUUUCUUUUUAAUAUCGCAAUAUAAUAUCGCAAACCCCAAAAACAUCGCAGCAUUAGUUUUUUCCAAUAUCGUUCAGGCCUACUUGUCACCCAUCAAAUAAGCACCAGAAAUGUAAAAAUGACAAAUUUGAUUGUUUAAUGUUUGUAAGAAGUCUUAUGUGGGUUAGAAAAGUGCUUUUGCCAAGCUCAGUGUAACAGCCCUGCUGGCCCAGGGAUGCACAUGGACGUACAUAGGCGCCGAACGCCCAGAGUGUUGGACUCGAAGACGAUAUUGAAAGGAAGAAAAAGGGCUUGUUGGGCAUUCUCUGUUAAAAUGUCACCCGGGGCUCUGUGUGGAGCAAGCAUGCAUGGUGUAAAAAAGUAAUAACACUUAAAACUCCUUAUAAUACCUUUUUAAAAAAUGACCAAGUGAAGGCUCCUAUCCCGACAAAUGCCCCACUGCAGCUCAUUCUCCAUAGACCGUAGUACAGUGAUUACUCUGGGAGGCCAGCAGCUUACCUCUCAGGCACCACCAUCACACCUUUCAGUUUCCCAAUGGAAUUCCACGCCUGUUCAACACCAUACACCAGACAACAGUGACAGUGCAGGAGAGGAAUUCCUGAGAUGUAUAGCUGCAAAUAAACCUUUCCCAGACUAUCUUCGAGGCAACAUGGCAUACAACCUGGCUGAUGCGUUAAAGUCGGCCAGUAUCCUGAAGGAAGCUAUCAAAUCGGACCACGUUUUCCAGAAGUGUUUGACCAGGAGCAAAAGUAAGAGCAAAAGUCCUGACCGUAGCCGCGGAAGAUCUCGAGCCAAAAGCUGCAGGCGAAGUCGAAGCCGAAGCCGGGGAAGGAGCAAAAGUCGCAUUCGUGGAAAAAGUCGAGCAAGAAGCAAAAGCAGGGCCCGCAGUCGAAGCCCAACGAGGAAACGUCACGCACGGAGCAAAAGCAGACCAAGGCGGUCAUCAUCAAGAAGUAGCAGUAUGGACAGACGCCAUGCCAAAGAAAAAAAGCAGGAAAGAAACCUGAGCCACAUUGAAAAAAAAGUCAGUGACAGUUUUAGCACUGGUCUCAUGGGCAGUAGUUUGUUAGAAGGACUUAAGAUGGCCCUAAAGAACAAAGACACGGAAGAUAAACUGCCUUCCCGCAGGGAUGCAACACAAACUAUUCAGGACUCUAACGAAAGCAAAAAAUGUGUGCCGGACAAACAGAAACCUGACAGUUCUGACACACUGACAACUUCAAAAACUCUGGAUAAUGACAGCAUGCUACUGCCUCACGAAAGAGUUGGCAGUGACUUCUCUUGGCUUCAGCCCCAAAAUCAGGAGGUUUCAAAAGCUGAUCAGGUUGACGAUGAAGAGCUCUUCUUGUAUGGAGAUGAAAAAGACACAAAAAACCAACUCGACGGUGGAACAUCUACAACAGACAUGACUGGUGACUUGGUCAAAGAAAAGGGUAAAGAAAUGCAGAACUUUGAUCUGGGCAGUCAACAACAUUACUAUGAUAAGACAAAUUUCCCUUUUGGGGGUGGUCUGUCAGCCUCAAGCUCAGUCUUUGCUAAUCUAGACAACAAUGAGUGUGAUAAGAUCAAAAACAUAUUGAACAGUUUGGGAAAAACGAACAGUAGUGAGACAGGCCAACAGGUUACUUCUGAAUCACCUCUCAGUUCGACAGCAGCUUACUUGGGAUUGGCAACGUGUAAGGUCCCUAAUGUCCAGCAUGCUUUGGAAUCUCUACAUUCCCUCAUCAAAGCAACCAAGGAGAAGCGUGAAAAAUGUGAUCCAGUUGAGACAUCUCUGCCAUCCCUGGACAAACAUAAGUGUGGCGAUGAGCGAAAAAAACUCAAACAAGCAAAAAUCAGUCAAACUGAACUGUUGAUGAAACAAGUGGGGGAACUUCUCAAAGAGGAAGGAUUCAGUUUUCUUAUACCAGUGAUUGGAUUUUACUGCCAGAUAUGUGAGGAGUUCAUUGGAGAUUUAAGUACUGCUGAAAACCAUGCAGCCAUCCACAGCCAUCAUAAGACUGGCCGUCAGAAAACAACGGUGAAUAAACAUGCAGAAGAGACUAAAGGACAUGCUAGCAGCAGCAAACACCAUCCCACAUCGUCAGACCGAAGAGACCACGGAGCCCACAGUUAUCUAGAUAGAGGAGACCACAGAAAACAUGAAAAUCCUUACAAUAGGAAACAUGAGAUGGAUCACAGAAUCAAACAGGAGGAUGAUCGUGCUCAUAGGCCUUGUCAAGACAGUAAUUUGUUCAAGGAGAGCCUGCUCAUCACUGUUAAGGAGGAACGAAAUAAGGAUUCGGACGUUAAAAUUCAUGCGAGAGUGGAGAAGGAAGACGCAUACGAUGGUCAGGAUAGCAAAAAAUAUGAAAAGAAAAAAAAUGAAAGUAGCGAUGACAGCAGUGAUGAAAAAGGAAAGGAGUCCAAAGAAAAGUUACACAAAAAGAAAAAGAAAAAAGAGAAGAAAAAGGACAAGAAGAAGGACAAAAAGAAGAAAAAGGAUGCUGAGUGAUACAUUGAACUUGUUUGGUGUUAAAAAGUUCAAACCUCGUUAAAUAUCACAUGCCAGAACCAUUCAACAUCAGUCAAAAGCAUAGGUGUCAAACACAAGGACGAUGUUAGUUUACGUUCCUUGAUGUACUAAAAUUGUCAGUUAUCUUCACUUUUAAUUCUUCUUUGAUCUUCAAGAUUUGUGCUACGUUAAUUUGACCUUUUUUUCCCCAUUUUUCAGGAUGUUUUUGCUGAGAUGUUACAAUAAAGCUGUCCUGUUAUUCUGCAAGGGUCGUAUUUUGACUACACGUCAUGGUUCUCACCUUGCUGUUCGGUAUGAAAUGUUCCCAUCCUCACGACUGUUCUUUUUUUUUAUAUUUUGGGUGCCGUGUUCCUGUGUAAAAGUAAGCUCAGAUGUGAUAAUAUGCCGAUUUUCUAGUAGUGUGUCAAAGUAAAAAAGCGUAUAAAUUAGUGCUGCAACGAUUAAUCAAUUAACUCGAGUAUUCGAUAAGAAAAAAAAUAUUCGAAUUAAAUUUUGUUGCCUCGAGUUUUCGUUUAAUUAAAGUGGCGUUGUAAUGGUUUAUUUUGAAAGUGUUUGCAUUUAGAUUUAUUGAUUAGGGUGGAUACACUGCCCUCAGGUCUGCCUCUUUUCACAUGGCUGAAUCCAACUGCUCCCUGUUAAGACCAACGUAAGCUUUUUUUUAUAUAUAAAAAAAGUUUUUUUUGAGCUAAUGUAAUGCAUUCAAUAUUUAGUUUAUAGGUAUAUUUAGCCUUUUUUGUGGGAAUAUGUGUCUGAACCGUUUUUUUAGAGCAUUGUAAAAACAAAAAAAUGCAAAAAAGCACUUUAUAGCAUUUAAGCUAGUGGAGUUUUUCUAUGUAAGUUAGCCAAUUGUUCUGUUGUUUUACAUAGAUCCUCAUUUUUUAAAAUAAAUUUAUACCGUUUGAGACUCAGCUCAGCUAUUUUAAUUUUUCAUGUUCCUUAUCCGAUUACUCGAUUAUUCGAACUAACUAGUCCAUCGAUUAAUCGACUACUAAAAUAUUUGAGAGCUGCAGCCCUAGUGUAAAUACUGUAAAUGCUCUGUUGAACAAAUUUGUGCUUCGUUGAUAUGUUAAAGAAGUUACUGCUGUGUUCUGAAACAUUCCGUGUAAGACAAGAUGCAUUAAGGUUUUAGAAAGGUUUAAUGAUUUGCACACACAAAAACACUCCACCCCGUCAGAGACCCACACAACAAAUACAUUGUUAAAAUACAAAUCCAUUGAUUGGGAGCAUAAUCUGUAAUCUUUUACAGACUGAGUAUGGCUCUUACUCUUCUCCUCAAGAGGUUUACACCCCAGAAUGGGGAUAUUGGACAAAAGGAAACUCUGACCCAUCCCAGUUGCCUGAUGGAUCAAGUUCUAGUUAUGAAAGUAAACCCACACUACCACAAACUGAUUAAUUCACAGUCUAGACAAAAUAUUUUUAUGCCUUCAUCAUUCUCAGGGUUCAUUUUCAUUCCUUGAAAUCCUUGAAAAUGCUUGGAUUUUACUGUUGUACUUUCAAGGUUUGAAAAAUCUUUAAAUUUUGCAUAAAGUCCUUGAAAAUGUUUCGAAGUGUUAGGCACACAAUAUUUCUCAGCACCCUGUCUAAAAAUAUCAAAUGAAGGGAAGUAAAUUUGCUUCACCGCUGCUUGUUUUGAGGUUGCUUUUCUGUUGAUGUCCCACGUCGCAUCGCAUAAUUGCAAUGGGGCCCGUGUGUGAGUAGUUUGGAGCUUAAUCAAGCCAACAGUGUACAAUUACAGUAGUAUUUAAAUGCAUAAAUGUGCAUUUGCUAUGGUUUCGUACAAUAGUUUUAUCGCACGACCGAGUCCUCUUUUUGUCACAUCUUUUCUGCGACUUCCGUGCCCUCUCUGCCAGUUGCCGUUUAAUCCGGCCGGGAGCCACUUCGCUUGGCUUCGUUGCAGCUAGGACUCGGUCUACUCGCCUGGCUCUCGAUCGACUCCUCUUGUUCCACAAAAAAACAGCCACCCUUUUUAAGGAGUAGGAAAGAUUGUAAUAGGCAUGUGAAGAGCUUUACUAGUUUCGACAAGAGCCCAAAAGUUUUUUGUCGUUGUUGUGAACAACAAUUCCUCGCAAAAGUACAUCUAGAAAUCAUUUAGCUUUGCAGAUGGGUUUGUGAGAGCCGUUUUUAGUUUCACAAACUUCAAGAAAGCACAUUUAUCAAAGUUUCCUUGGCCAUGACUUGUGUGUCUCCGUUACUUCGCCAGCACCUCUGCUAUUGAACACGCUCAGAGUUUGCCACUACUGUCAAGAACGUACCCUCCCAGGGGGUUUAAGAAUCAACGCCUUUCAUCGGAACGGAGGUGAGCGGAUGAUGUGGACCACCUUGAAUUGAUUAAAAUAAAGCUGUACAGUUGUACCUCUACAUACGAAGUUAAUUCUUUCCAGGACCUUGUUUGUAAGUCGAAAUGGUCGUAUGUCGAGCAGGAUUUUCCCAUAGGAAUACAUUAUAAUUCCAUUAAUUUGUUCCACAGCCAGUGUUGUCAGUAACGCGUUAGUUAGUAACGUGUUACUGUAAUCUGAUUACUUUUUUCGGUAACGGGUAAUCUAACGCGUUCAUUUUUCUACACCAGUAAUCUGAUUAAAGUUAAUUUCCUUAGUGUCGUUGCGUUCUUUUUUUCAUUGCCUCAUAACAUUUGUAGAAUGAAUAUUUUAUAUAUUUAUAUAUAUUUAUAUAUUUUUGAAGAGCAUUUUGAAUAGAAAAUGCUAAAAUAAAAGGUUCCCGGUACGUGUUUCCAUGACAACCUCUUAGCUAUUUCCUGUUUUGGUCUCGCGUCACGUGUUGUGAGACUGAGGCGGGUGGACAUUCGUGCCGAGUAUUGACACGUUGCGAGGGAAUGUUGAUCCGUGGAUAUCCAUGAAUGAAGGUGAGUAUUUUUCCUUCAUUCUGGAGGGUAUCAGCAAAAGGUUGGACCCCCUAAAUGCGCAGCCGUUUCGUAGCUUUGCCGUAGCAACGACGGGCAGUCAUCGCUACAAGUUGGCAAGCUUUGUUUAUAUCAUAUGCGUGUUGCACAUUCAUGCCGUGAGGUGAUGUGUUCGUUUAGCAUCUGUGGGAUGUGUUCUAAGUCCGACUGAGUGUAAAGUGCUUAGUUGCCGCCACGUUUUGUGGCCAAAUUGACCGCGUGCGUGUUGAGAGGAGUGCUUCCGGGUUGUUAAUGUGCACGGCUGAACACGCAUCCGCGCCCGCCAUCACCUUUGUGUUUAUGGCACUGUACAAUCCAUUUGUGUGUUGUUGAUUAUUGUGCCGUCAGUUGGCAUUGUUUUACAUUGGCACUGAUAUGCUGUUAAACUUAACCCGAAAUUCAGAAGUUUUGACAUUAGGCUUAAUCUUAGAGUUAGCGGGGUUUAAUUGGUCGGUGGAGUUGAUUUCAACAAAUUCCAAGCAGUUUGUCAGAUAUUUCUUAGUUUCAGGGCUCCGGAGUGGCUAAGAUCUGAUAUUCCCCUUUUAAUUCAAUCAUCGGAAAGUCAAUUACAUGUGACGACAUUUUUCUGUUGUCAUUUUUCUGUUGAGGCGGCAAAGGGAGAAAAAUGGGUAAAAAGUAACUGAUAGAUUACUUUUAAAGUAACUUAGUUACUUUGAUAAUGAAGUAAUCAGUAAAGUUACUAGAUUACUUUUGAGGCGUAAUCAGUAAUUACUUUUUCAAAUAAUCUGUGACAACACUGUCCACAGCCCAAAAACCUACACUAAAUCCUUAAUAAAUACUGCUGGUACUAUUACAAAUGGCAAUUACACAUCGCAAAACACAUUAAUUAUAAAUAAAAAUUGGAACAAUAAUAAUAAUAAUUCCUGUAAUAAUGUAACGAAUCGGGUUCUAUGUGGCAGACUUUUUUUCUGUACCUGAAUGCACCGUGUGACUGACGUGACGAGAGCGGAGCGGUGCGGUUGAGUUUACUUUCGCUUUCAAUGUUUUCCUGAGUACACAGUCAAUUGCAGUGGACAGCAGGCAAUUUGUGUUGGAUAAGUUCUGAAAUAAAUGAUAAAAAACUGACAAAGCUAGCGAUUUCUUUGGCGAUGUAACCACAAUAAUACUGUAAUUGUCAACUUAACUUAUAAAGACGGGCGAACGGUGAUCGGAGGAGGACCGUGGAGAUGUAUUGGUAAGCCAGUUCACAGAUGCGCACCCCACGCUCAUAUUUCUCUAUAAUUUGCAUCUUCAUUUAGAAGGUAAGCGUCAUGUUUUUCCUUGUUUCACCACCUGUACCAACCUUUUUGAAACCUGUGUUGAUUUCUCUCACAAGAAAGCCAUGCGUCCGUCUGCGGUGCUGUCAUAUCGUAGUAUUUCGAGCCUGUCGACGGAUGUAGAAACAAAUGGUGAGUCAAAUUUUACGUUGGAUGUCGAAAAGAUCGUGUGUCGAAGCGAUCGCAUGUCAAGGUGCCAUUAUUUGUUGCGUCGUUCGGAACGCAGCUGAGCACAGCGCACAUGGAGUAAGUGGAAUUUGGGGGUUGGACUAUAAUGGCGUUUCUAACUGUGUUAUUUUUCAAAAGUGAGUAAUUAAUUUUCCCAUCUUUGCAAUGUCAUUACUGAAGAUGUGAAGGGGCGCGUUAUUACAAUUUGGUUGCAUGGAGCGCUAGUUGAUUUUGUCACAUAUAAGCUGUGAUGACAUUGCAAACGAGAUGAUGAUUGGCUAGGUCAGUACUUUUUUUUUUCUGUUUGUUUAUUUUCCGCGCCCCCCCCCCCCCCCCCAACUCUGCCGCCACUAUAAAUAUACUGUAUUAUCAUUUGUAUAUAAAAUUCCUAUUAUUAAAAGUACACCUCUGCAUAACAUUGUGUUCUUUUUAAUAUUAAAAGAAAAAAGUAAUAAAGAUCAACUUUCAAUAAAGUGUAAAAAAAUAAAACACACACAUCCAUACUGUAAAAAUACAGUCAAGUUACAUAGUUUGACCGUUUGAUACUAAAAAUUAAAAUUUAUUAAAAUGAAUAAAUAAUAAUAAAUUCAACUUGAUAAGCAACAUUAACUCAUCAGGAUAAUAUGCCAAACAAUUACACCGAAAAAACAAAAAUUAAUAGAACAAAAACGACAGUGUCAUUGGACGGAGGGACAGUUUUUAUUUUUGCUGCAGGCAGUAUCAGCUUCUUUGCUAUGGUGUGGGGUUAUUUUGCACUGAGUAACUACAUAUCCCACCUUAUAUGAUGCUGACAGUGCCUUGUGGUUUACUUAGGUAACACUGAUCAAGCGGGAGGAUUGUUGGCAAUAUUUGGCACGUUUUCGCCCCAAAAAAAAUUUAUUUUUUCUUAAUCCUGCUGUCCGCUACGAACAUUUUUAGACAAAGUAAAAAGUCUUUCCUCGCCUCCCAUUGUACUAAAAGCCAAAGGCUGCAUACGUGUCAUCAUAUUUCCUUGUAUUAGCUUUUCAUAUCUCCGGUGCUCUUUGCUGUGUGCUCUUGUUUGGUUCAAAAAUACUGCGCACACGCUGGAAAUGAAAGCGGCACUGCCACCCACUGAGUGGAAGUGCAAUUACACUUUAUUCUUGUACGACAAAAAAGUAUGUUCCCCAAGGUCAUACAUGCCACCCCCAGCAUCACUCUGCGCCCCCCUGCGUGGGCCCGCCCUACUAUUUGAGAAGUACUGGGCUAGGUGGAUGGAUCAUGCCUUGCUUCACUGUACGCUCUGGCAAACACAAGAAGACAGCGAUAAUGGCGACGAGCAAGAAAUUUCCAAGGUAGUGUUCUCAAACUUGAAUUAUCUUCAAUAUUUAAUAUUGUUAAUUUACGGAAUAUUUAAGAGUAGUGUUCUGCUUUUUGUGCAGUUGGCUUAACAGUUUAUAAGAGAUUAGCCCUGGUUAAUGGUCAGUUUACAUUUGUGUAUUCCUAAGAGUAAUAUAUUUGAUCCAAAUGUUCUAAAAUACUGUAUAGAGUGUUUUUUUUUUAUUCUUCAAUCAGUUAGUAUAAAUAUCUUUGAUGUGAACGAUGUUUUAGAAUGUGUAAUGUUAUAACAUGUAGAACAUUAAAAAUAUUAUUCGAGCAUCAGUUACUUUGCUGAGUAACUAAUUACUCUUAAAAUGAGGUAACUGAGUUGCUAACAAUUACUUUUUGGGAGAAGUAAUUUGUAACUAAUUUUUUAAAGUAUGAUUAACAACACUGGUUUCACCAACGGUAACGCAAUAGUUGCUUUCAUAGCCAAUUUCGUUCGGUGUGUUUAUGGUUGUUUGGAGGAAUGUGAAUGUCAGGCAUAAUUAAAAGUUCCAUCUUUAAGGCAGAAUUAAUAAGAAAAAUCUUGCUGGAUGGAGGAAUUUUUUGGCCCAUUUGUAGCAGCACACAAAAGUGCCUGACCAACUUGCAGUCUGGAACAAAAUAUUGGUGGUUUGUAUUCAUGAAUGCAACAGCAACGUGGGUGAGUAUGGUCAGUUUUAUUUGAAGUUUUUGUUAUUUAUUUAGAUAAAUGUUGAUUGUUAAAUGCUUCUAAUGGUAUUGUAAAGGUUGUUCUAAUUUGAAAGAAAAUAAAGGGUUAACUAUAGUUCUUUAUAGUUGAUUAGAAAUAUCCAAGUUGUUAUUCAACAACAAAACAUGAAAUGUCUCGGUCUCUGGAAUGCCAUUGUUAAAAGUUUGAUUUUAAAGAUAUUGUUUUUUAACUACGAUGGGGGUAUUCAAUGAUUGAUUAUAGCAAUUAAGUCCCCACUUAAGGCUGGGGUCUGAAAUGUGCUGCAACUGCUAACAUUUGUAUUUGAUAUUAUUAGCCAUCGUAACAAGACCUAGUUUUAACAUUACUACUGCUCAAUUUGAAGAGAUUUGCAUUCAUCCAUGUUCAUAUAGAUUUUGUUCAGGUCUUCCACGUAAAAUUGAUUGAAUAUAUUUCACGUUACAGAAUAAAUGUUAAGUGUAUGGGAGGGGGUCUCUGGCUUUCUCUUUCCACCCAUUUAUGGCUUUAUUUAGUCUCAUGUUGUAUGUUUUAAGUAAGCAAGGUAAGUUUGAAGUCUGAGUGUUUCUUUUCAAGACUGCUUACGUACCGAAAGGUUUUACUUUGACAAGAUGCUCGUGAAGCAUUCAUUCAGUCCUCAAACAGGGAUGAGAAGCUCACAAGUGAUUACUUAGAGUUGUUAUUGGCAAUGUCUUCUCUAGUUUCUGAGGUACUUCUGCAUUUCUGCUCGCAACUUCCGUUUUGCACAUUCUUUAACCAAAACAACAGUGUAGCUAGAGCGACAUCACUCAUUAAAAUCCCUCAAAAAAGACAAUUUGGAAAUACCGCAUCCAUCUGACAUGAUCACGACAUGGGAGGACAACAUGUUCAUGAAGGCAGAUGUGGAACAAAGCCCGAGCCACCACAAUGAUCGGGUGUUUAUGUAUCCAUGUUGCCGAUGUGUCAUGAAAGGUAUGUUCCUCCUAUCCCUGCAUUUUCAUGUGUCCGGUGCUAAAAGAAUACUAAAGCUAAUAUCUUGAGCAUGAAACAACUUGUCCUUGAUAUUGUUAUUAUGAUGGUAAUUGUAAUUAUGAUGAUGUCUGAUAUUAUUUACUACAACUACUGUACUGCUGUGGCUGCAGUAGUGAUGUGUUGGUCGCAAACGAGCCGGUACAAAGAGCUUUGGAGUUAACCUCAAGAGCCAGCUCUGUCACCCCACCCACCCCCGUUCUCUCUCUAUGUCGCUCUCUCGUUUCACGUGUUGGAAGCGAGGUUUGGCGGUGGCUCAGCUGCCAUGCUCAGAGAGGGAGACAGGAAGAGAAAGGCGAGGGGCUUGGUACUAGUUACUGCACGGAGUGCAAAGCCACAAAUAGACACAAACCGAACGCGGUUUGUAGGCCUUCAAGAUGAGCCGAAAACGCAGUAACAUUUGGAGACAUUUUAAUUGGUUAAAGUCAGAUGACAAUAGGGCAGAAUGCCGUGUAUGCAAACUUAACCCCUUAUAGCCUAAUGUAUCACAUAUGAUACACUUAGAAUUUCAUUAUUUUGAGACUCGAAUUUAGACAUUUGAAUUUUUUUUUUUUUUAAUGGUGGAUGCAGGUCAACACAUGCAUCUGAAGGUUCCAUGAGAGAAAAAUCUGGAUUUAGCUAAAACACUGGACACAUAAUUACUGAGAGAAGGAGCUGGAUCAGCCUGUCAAAGUUGAAGUAUUUCGUUUUCUUGAAUGCAAAUUUAAAAUAAAGCAAGGAGUAGCUUAUGUUUGUUUGUUCGCUGCUGCUGUUGCAGUUAAUCGUCACCGUUUUUGUUAUGAUGCAGCAUGUUUGAUUGUUGGAUGAAGUUUAAUUUUGUUGCUUGUUUAUUGUUUGUAGCCUUUUUAAUGUUCAAUAAAAUAAGUAAAAACCCUUUUCUCUGCUUCAUAAUUGUUGCUUUUUGCUGUCAGUAGAGUGCAAUAUUUAGUUCAACAAAUCAUUUAUCAAAAUAUAUGCUAAAUUUGUCAUAAAUAUUUAAAAGAAAAGCUCAAGUUUAAAGAGCCGUUUGAGAGCCAAAAAGCCGGCUCUUUUGACUGAGCCGAUCCAAAUGAACCGGAUCACUGAAAAGAGCCGAAAAUCCCAUCACUACGCUGCAAUACAUACUAUCUGCUGCUAGCCUGUUGCUAAUCAGUACGUCUAGGAUGGCACAGUUAUGUAAACGCAUAAAUCCAAGUGUUAUACAUUUUUUGUACAUUUGUUUACAGGUGGAAAACGCUUGAUUUGCCUCA